CAACAACUCAAAAAUAUGAUUACUAACAUUUAGCAACAAAUAAAAGCUUCCCGUUCUAAUAAAAACACCAGAUUUGCUCUAUAAAAAAACGACACAUCAUAGUACAAGAACAAAUAUUAAAACGUUUUUAUUAGAAGAAAAAACUAUGAAUUUCCUGUAAAAAAUAUUAAAUAAAUUUCGUCCAGCUGUAGUAUGUGAUUGGCCCACCGCGUCCGGGUUCAAUGCUAUGCGAACCGACGCUACGGCUUGCGGUAGACGCAUGCGUUCUGCGACGACAGACGUCGCCUGAAAACCGUUCGCGAUUAUCGCGAUUGAUAAAAGCGGCUCGCGGUCCACACGCGCCCAUGAAGGCUCGCAAAUACGUUAGAUUGAAAAUGGCGACCAAGUGCUAUUUCAGCAUCAAGGAGGACGAGAAGCUGGUGGAGAGCGUCUCCGCGUUUCCGGUUUUGUACGACAGCGAAGACAGGGAGUACAAGGAUCGGUUCGUGCGGGACAAUUGCUGGGCGCAGAUAUCGGCGAUCGUCGAAAGGCCUACUGAUCAAUGCAAGAAAAGGUGGCGCAAUAUAAAAGAUACCUAUUUGAAAGUCAAACGUAAUCAAAAAAAGAGCAAUUUCACCACCAGAUCCAAAUCUAAAUGGGCGCUGCUUGACCAGCUUACUUUCUUGGAUAAAGUUCCAUUCAAACGAAGGACCCAAAAAACGGAGGAAACGGUAAACUGCGACAACGAAUCGAACGACGGCCACUCCGACUCCCCGGAGAACUCCACGGACUGCUCGGACCCCCUUCGGCCGGCGAAGCGAUCGGCGUCGCCGUCGCCGUCGUCGAAGCGGCGCCGCGACGAGAACUUCAACGACUCGCCGGAGCUGCUCGAGCAGGACUCGCGGAUGUCCGACAUCCAGAACAUCAGCUGGAAGAACGACGACGAGGACCCGGUGCUGCUGUUCUUCAAGAGCAUGGCGCUGACGGUGAAGACGUUCGAGCCGCACCUCAUACCGGAGGUCAAGUCGCGGAUAUUCGGCAUCGUGAACGAGUUCGAGACGAAGGCGGUGCGGAAAAAGUGCGGCGUCGCCGAUCGGACGAACGAUUCGGACGAAUCGCCGUUGGACGGACAGGUGUCCGCUUUUCACAUCGAAAAUAAAUAUUCGCUGUCGAGUUCGUUUCAAAACGACGUUAGUUAAUGAUAGAUUCCUUCUAAAAACUUGUUCGAUUUACGCAAAUAAAUUAUACCACUAUUUUUUACGAACUGUAUUGUUCAUAGAGUUUAUGCAAGAAAGCUACU